UAUUUUUUCUGUACCUUAACUUGAAUUUUUCAUGAUCUAUAAUCGAUAAAUCAUAUACCUCCAACUAAGAAGUUAGUUUAAAUAUGAGAUGAAUAGUGAGGAUAACGAUAACGACAAUAGUAGAGGGAGAGGGACUAUAUCACCCAAUAAAGACCUUAAUCCCGAGAAAUAUGCUCAAUAUAAUCCAAAGCAUGUUAAUCUUCUUAAAGUUAUGGGUAAAUCAUUUGCAUUAGGUGUAUUUUUCACCUUAAAUUUAUUUAGUUUGAUAUAUAUAAGUUAUAGAGAUAUACAUCAAUAUGAAUCUAUUGUAAGAUUAAAUGUUUAUUUUUUAUUUAUAUGUAUCUUUCAUAGUCUUGAAUUUAUUAAUACAGUAUUAUUUAAUAAUAGUCUGGUUGAUGAUGAUUCAUUUAUUCUUGAAGAUGAAGAUAUGAAUUUAGUAGUAGUUAUUUCUAUUAUUGAAUACAUUAUUCAUUCUUAUAUAUCUACUCCUAAACUUACAUGGAUUAUUGGUAUAAUUAUUACUUUAUUUGGUCAAAUUAUGAGAAGUUUAGCAAUGUAUACAGCUCAAGAAUCAUUUAAUCAUUAUAUACAAAGAAAAGAAUCAUAUCGUCAACAAUUAGUUACUAAAGGUAUAUAUGGUUGGAUUCGUCAUCCAUCAUAUUGUGGAUUCUUCUGGUGGUUUGUGGGAUUACAAGUAUUUCUUGGUAAUUGGAUCAUUUUAAUUGGAGGUAUUUAUAAACUUUGGAAUUUCUUUGAUGAAAGAAUUCAAUUUGAAGAGAUCUACUUAAUUAAAUUUUAUAAGAUGUCUUAUGUUAACUAUAAAGAUCGAGUAAAAUCUAGUGGGAUACCAUUUAUAUAAACAGAUCA